AUGAAGAUCUACUAUAUCGGAAUCCUUCGAAAUGACCCUGUUCCCGCCGAAGAGCUGGCCGUCGAACGAGACUUGUCCUCCUUUUCCCGCUUUACUCGAGACAGCUACGGCGAGUUCAUGACGAUGUUCGCAAAGACCGUGGCUGAACGCACCCGUCCGGGCGUGCGCCAGGACAUUGAAGAGAGGUCAUACACAUUCCACGCGUACGGGUCGAGCCAGGGCGUGACGGGCAUCAUCAUCAGCGACGCCGAAUAUCCAGCACUCGUGGCGCACCAGCUGCUAUCCAAGAUCGUCGACGACUUCACGUCGCAGAACCCGCGGUCUAGUUACGCCAGCCCCAGUGUCAAAAGCCGGCCGUUUCCCCAGCUCAAGGACUAUCUAGCCAAGUAUCAGGAUCCACACCAGGCGGAUAGCAUCAUGAAAGUGCAGCGAGAGUUGGACGAGACCAAGAUUGUGCUGCACAAGACCAUCGAGAGUGUGCUGGAGCGUGGUGAGAAGCUCGACAGCUUAGUGGCAAAGAGUGACGGGUUGAGCGCGCAGAGCAAGAUGUUUUAUCAGCAGGCCAAAAAGCAGAACUCGUGCUGUGUGGUUAUGUGA